CGCGUUGUGCGGAGCCAUUACCCUCGUCUGCGCUAAGCAUCGUGCCAUAUUCCCACUCGCGCCCUGAAAUUGACCGCGUUCUCGUAGUUUUAAGUGAAAUAUUAUGAGAGUGAAGACCGAAAUGGACGACGACGAAAAGGGAAAAUUGUUCGUUGGUGGGUUAUCAUGGGAGACAACCCAAGAAAAUCUCCAACGUUAUUUUGGCCGUUAUGGUGAGGUUAUCGAUUGCGUUGUUAUGAAAAAUAGCGAAUCUGGACGUAGUCGUGGGUUUGGAUUUGUAACAUUUAGCGAUCCUGCUAAUGUUUCUUUGGUUCUUCAGAAUGGUCCUCAUCAACUUGACGGACGUACAAUUGAUCCAAAACCAUGUAAUCCACGUACUCUUCAAAAGCCAAAGCGCAGUGGUGGCUUUCCGAAAGUCUUUCUUGGUGGCUUGCCAAGUAAUGUUACGGAGACUGAUUUAAGAUCUUAUUUUACUCGCUUUGGUAAAGUCAUGGAAGUGGUCAUAAUGUAUGAUCAGGAAAAGAAAAAAUCAAGAGGAUUCGGCUUUCUCAGCUUUGAGGAUGAAGAAGCGGUGGAUCGUUGUGUUGCAGAACAUUUUGUCAACCUGAAUGGAAAGCAGGUUGAGAUUAAAAGAGCCGAACCGCGGGACUCAUCGAGCAAAAUGAACGAUAGUCAUCAGGGUCAAUGGGGCCCACCUCAGCAAGGUGGCCCGCCGAUGGGAAUGGCCGGAAAUAUGGGGCCUAUGGGUGGACCAAAUGGUCAGAUGGGUGGACCCAUGAUGGGUGGACCCAUGGGUCCGCCUGGUAAUAUGAUGCAACAAUAUCAGGGUUGGGGUACCAGUCCUCAAACUGGUGGAUAUGCGGGAUAUAGCACCCAGUAUAAUGCUCAGGGUUGGGGCGCACCACCAGGACCGCCCCAGCAGCAGCAAAUCCCGCCGCCGCCACCGCAUCAGUGGGGUAGUAGCUAUAAUGUUCAACCUGCUGCAGCUACUCAAGGUUAUGGAAGUUAUGGUGGGCCGGCGGCGGCCGCUUCAGGGGGCUACGGGCCCACGGCGGGUACUGGCGGGGCUGCGGGAGGCGGGCCUGGGGGCUCUUGGAGCUCCUGGAACAUGCCACAGAAUGGGCCUCCUCCUGGGACCCAGCCCCCACCCCAGCCCCCUCAGCCUAACUCCUCGCAGCCCAACUCCAACUCGAACCCCUCUGGCCCGCAGGGUGACAUGUAUUCGCGGCAAAAUACCGGUUCAGGUGCGCCAGGAUCUAGCAGCAGUUCAGCCAAGACUCCAGAUUAUACUGGAUAUUCUGCAUACAGUAAUUACGCUGAUACUUCUUAUCCUCAGCGUUCGUAUCAAGGAGGAGAAAAUAGUCAAGAUGUUCUCUCGAUUCCCAAAUUCAAAACCGUCGAAACUGGAAGUCCUACCUUCAUUCCCAACGGAGACGCAGCUCCUGGUCCUCAACGGUUUUCCUUGACCCAACACACGAAUUACCAUCCCUAUAGGCGCUAAAAGAUCGUCCGACGUCAUCCGAACGGCUGAGAGAAACAAGUUUUCAUAAGUGCGCGAGACGGGAAAGGGCAAGAAAGGGUGCGAAAGAGUGGCAAAAAAAAAAAAAAACGAAAGAGAGUGCGAGAGGAUGAGUGCAAGAAUGGACUCACACAACUUCCGGCCGGAAUUUCUCUUUGCGCGUAUUACGUGCCGGUUGUAUCUCCAUAGUUUUGAUUAUAUAUUACAAUGUUAAUUUUAUAGCGGUGACUUUAAGCUCAUUUCCAGCAAUUGAGAUGGCGCGCAGUAAGAUUACCGUGUAAGGAUUAAUUAAUUAAAUUAGUCAGAAGUAAGUGCGCUCGGUUUAUACAGUAAGAUUAACUAAG